AUGAACGCGCGAUCUCAAAUAUUCGAGUUGACGGUAGAGGGUCGCCAGGCCGACGAAGCUGUAGCGUCAAUUUUCCACACGGUGCUCUUCCACAGAUCGUUAGGGAAAUUCACAUACUCUGACGAGGGUAGUUACUCAGUCGGAACAGUCGGAUACGCGGACGUCGAUUGUGAUUUCAUCGAUUUAACGUACGUGUGUUGUUCUUCAUCGUCGCUCGAACGCACCAUCCGCAAAGAGAUUAACUGCUUUUCAGAGCAGUUACGCGGCAAUGAAGGCUCCGGUAUGGGACAGAUAUCUCUAGAAUUCUUCCAGAAAAAGCCCAGCCGGUGGUUGUUCCAACCUGAAUGCAUACCAUGGGAAGUGUGGACGGUACGCUUGGAGUUAAUCACUUUAAACAACGAGGGGGAGCGGCAAGUCUGCAGGGAAAAAGUGGGGGAAUUAUUAACUGAUAAAAUUAUUUAUAUAACAGAAGUGAUGAAUAGGCACGAGUAUCUACCGAAAAUGCCGUCGCAAAGCGAAUUGGAUUUGAUAUUCGAAACGGGAUUUCCCGACGUGCAACCGUAUCUAUUUAAAUUGAAUUAUUCGAUAUCGGGACCGAGCGGGGGCCCUUCGGUGGGGUCGACGAUAAAGAAGAUUCGGGAAACAUUGGCUUUGUAA